UUAAGUGUCAGGAUAGUAACAAAUUGGAUAUGAGUGGAAUAGGCUAUCAUUGAUACUUUCUCCAUGUCUAUCUUGGAACAGCAUUGAAAGAGCUAGAUGAGGUGGAUUAGAUGGAUUGAACCAGAUAAAGACAUAAUUUUUUUGAUGUAGAUCGGAUCAAAUCCGUCCUAUUAAAAUUGGGUAGGUAGCUGAUGUGAUGCAGUAAAUUACCAUCCCCAUUAAGAACCCUAGAAGAGCAUCAACGUUAUAUAGAUCACGGCAAUAACACAAUUUCAAGUUACGUCCUGCGUUCCCCUCUCUUGGGAGACAUCCGAUAAAACCCGGUGCCAUUCUUUGCUCGCGCUUCCGACAGAGACCAUAGCGACAUGCCUCCCAAGAGGAGGCAGCAGCAAAAGGCGAAAGCCAAAUCGGACGCGAAACCCGCUCCGAAGCUCCAGAUAUCGGCGGAUAACGAGCGCCGCCUCCGCCGCCUGCUCCUGAAUACCGAGAGGCCGGCACCGCCGCCGGCGGCGGCCCCCGCCCCUGCUGACACCGCUUCGAGAGCUCAGAAGGCGAAGAGGCUCCGAAGCAUCUACGACAAGCUCUCGCUCGAAGGCUUCUCUUCCGAUCAAAUCGAACAGGCUCUCUCUGCUCUCAAGGAGGGUGCAACGUUUGAGACUGCUCUAGACUGGUUAUGCUUUAAUAUUCCUGGAAAUGAGCUUCCUCUGAAGUUUUCAAGUGGGGUUUCUUCAUCUACUCACGAAGGGGCAGAACGAUCAGUUAAAAUCAUAUCUACAGCUCGGGAUGAUUGGGUUCCUCAGCAACGUCUACCAGAUGAAACAAAAAAAGGCAUGCCUGGAGUUUCUAUUGUAAUUAAAGCACAACGUAGUGAGGAGUCUCUAGAUCUGGGAAAAUCAUCACAUAAGGACUGGAUACGACAAUACAUGGAACAACAGGAAGACAAGGAACAACAGGAAGAUGAGGAACAGCAGAAACAGGAGGAUGAUCCGAACUCUCGUGCUGCUUCCAUUGCUAAAGAAUACCAUCAUGCAAUGUUGGGAGCUGUAGAAGCUAAACGGAAAGGAGACAAGAAAAGUCAGGACCAGUUUGGGAAGAUUAUCAGCAAACUCAAGCAGGAAUUAUCUAUACUAGGACUAUCCCAUGACAUUUUGAUGUCAGGGCCGCAGGAUGGGUUUUCUUAUAGAUCUUCAGAGGAAAUAUCAUGUGAUUCCACAACCUGGGUAUCCAAUGAUUCAAAAACACAAGAUAGUGCAGGUGAUCAAGUAGAUUUUGCUGCAGAUGAAAGCAAACAAAUAGUCAAUACAAAUAUAAGUGAAAGCUUUAGUUUGAAGGAAAUUAAGCAUGCCAGUGGUCAUCGGGAUAAAGCUGUUAGUGAGGAUGGUGAAAGCAACGAGGAACAGGAGUUAGAACUUGAUAAUCUAUUUUCCGAAGAUUUGUCUUCUGGUGCAGCAUUACCCACAGAAUUCAUGACACAACAGAAGAAUGAUAAAUUGCCACAAUUUAUAUAUGGGCAUAGUUUAGGGAAUAUUGAUGAAAUAUGGAAGAAGGGAGACCCAGGAAGAAUCCCUAAGGCCAUUCUGCAAAAGUUGUGCCAGAAACUAGGUUGGGAACCACCCAAAUACGGUAAAUUAUCUGAAAAAGGCGACAAGUUCCUAUAUUCUGUUAGUGUAUUGCGUACAGCAACCGGCCGAGGUAAGAGCCGGAAGGCUGGAGGUUUGAUUACCAUCCAACCACCCAAUCUGGAUGAAGCCUUUGGUUUUGUUGAGGAUGCACAGAAUAAAGUAGCAGCUUUUGCCCUUUGCCAACUUUUUCCGGAUCUUCCACUUUCCCAAAUGCUUAGAGAACCAUACUCUUCAUUUGUUUCAAAAUGGCAGAAAGAUGAACUCUCAACCAAACUGGAAGAUAGCGAGGAUAUUCGUAGAGCAGGCUUCGUUGAUUCAUUAUUGAAUGUUGAUACAUCGCAGCCAAUGAUUUCCAUGGAUUCCAAUAUUCUUUCUGAUGGUGAAAAUAUGAUAGAACCCCAAAAGUUAGAAGGAGCUUGUGAUGAUCCCUCUGGAAAAGGAAUGGAUUCUACUGAAGAAGCAGCAAGCAUUUAUUUGCAAAAAGAACUAGAGAGUAAAAUGAAGCUGCCGAAAUACAUGAAAAUGCUGGAAGCUAGGGCUGCUCUACCCAUAGCUAAGCUGAAGGAUAAUUUCCUACAUUUGCUAAAGGACAAUGAUGUGAUUGUUGUUUGCGGGGAAACAGGUUGUGGUAAAACGACACAGGUUCCGCAAUUUAUUUUGGAUGACAUGAUUAACUCGGGGCUAGGUGGAUGUUGUAACAUAGUGUGCACACAACCCAGGAGAUUAGCAGCCAUCUCUGUGGCAGAAAGAGUGUCAGAUGAGCGAUGCGAGUCCUCACCUGGUAGUAAUGAUUCAUUAGUUGGUUAUCAAGUUCGCCUUGAUAGUGCCAGGAAUGAGAAAACAAGACUUCUCUUUUGUACCACAGGCAUCCUUCUUAGAAAGUUGGCAGGAAAUAAGGACUUGGCUGGUAUCACACAUGUCAUAGUUGAUGAAGUACAUGAACGAUCUCUUUUGGGGGACUUUUUGCUCAUUGUUCUGAAAGACCUGAUUGGGAGGCAAGCUUCUCAUAGAAGGCAAAAAUUGAAAGUGGUUCUCAUGUCUGCAACAGUCGAUUCGAGUUUGUUUUCGAGGUAUUUUGGAGAUUGCCCUGUAAUCACUGCGGAAGGGAGAACACAUCCUGUUUCAACUUACUUUCUCGAGGAUGUUUAUGAAAAACUUGAAUAUCAUCUUCCUUCAGAUUCUCCUGCAUCAGGAACAUUUUUGAUGCCGAAUAAAGGAAAGCCUGGUAGCAGUUCUGUGGAUAACCGCAGAGGAAAGAAGAAUCUUGUUUUAUCUUCCUGGGGUGAUGAAUCUCUACUUUUUGAAGACUAUGUUAAUCCCUGUUAUAUUCCAGAUUUUUUUGAGUGCUACAGUGAGCAAACACGUCAGAAUCUAAAACGCUUAAACGAAGAUGUGAUUGAUUUCGAUGUUCUUGAAGAUUUGAUAUCCUAUAUCGAUGAAAAUUAUCCACCGGGGGCCAUUCUUGUCUUUCUUCCUGGUGUUGCAGAAAUUGACUUGCUGGUUGAUAAAUUAACAGCUUCAUUCCGGUUUGGUGGAGUGUCAUCUGAUUGGGUUCUUCCUUUGCAUUCAUCUCUUGCAUCAACAGACCAAAGAAAGGUGUUUGUGUCCCCACCUCAAAAUAUACGCAAGGUAAUUGUUGCCACAGAUAUUGCAGAGACCAGCAUAACAAUAGAUGAUGUGGUUUAUGUGGUUGACACUGGGAGGCACAAAGAGAACCGUUACAAUCCACAUAAGAAAAUGUCAAGCAUCGUGGAGGACUGGAUAUCUUGGGCAAAUGCAAAGCAACGCCGAGGAAGAGCUGGACGUGUGAAACCUGGAAUAUGCUUUUGCUUGUAUACUCGCUAUAGAUUCGAAAAACUCAUGCGCCCCUUUCAGGUACCUGAAAUGUUGCGGAUGCCAUUGACUGAGUUGUGUCUACAAAUAAAAUCACUUUCUUUAGGAGAUAUAAAAUCCUUUUUACUAAAGGCUAUAGAAACCCCACGUGAAGAUGUUAUUUCCUCUGCAAUUGACUUACUAUAUAAGGUUGGAGCCUUUCAAGGAGAUGAGGUAUUGUCACCUCUUGGAUAUCAUUUGGCAAAACUGCCUGUGGAUGUUUUGAUUGGGAAGAUGAUGUUGUAUGGUGCAGUAUUUGGUUGCCUAUCACCAAUUCUUUCGAUUGCAGCAUUUUUGAGUUACAAGUUUCCGUUCGUCUAUCCCAAAGAUGAGAAACAAUAUGUGGAGAGAGCAAAAUCAGCAUUGUUGAGUGAAAGCUUGGACAAUAUACUUGCUUCCAAUGAAGAAAACAAAGAAUCAGACCACUUGUUAAUGGUUGUUGCCUACAAUAAAUGGGCCAGGAUUCUGCGUGAGAACGGGGCAAAAGCUGCUCAGCGUUUUUGUCGUUCAUACUUCUUAAAUAGCUCUGUUAUGUAUAUGAUAAGGGACAUGCGUAUUCAAUUUGGAAGUUUAUUAGCAGACAUUGGACUCAUCAAUCUCCCAAAACUUACUAUGAGCGAUGGUAGAAGGAAAGACAAGCUUGAUAGUUGGUUUGCUGAUAUGUCUCAGCCAUUCAAUAUGUAUGCAUGCCAUUCUUCAGUUAUUAAGUCAAUUGUAUGUGCAGGUCUCUAUCCCAAUGUGGCUGCAACUAGAGAAGGUAUUGUUGGAGCAUCUUUAAGUGACAGUAAAGCACCAUACAGUAGCCCUGCUGUGAAGGAUCGUCCUAUAUGGUCUGAUGGAAGACGAGAAGUUCACAUACAUCCUUCCUCUGUGAAUCAUAAUGCGAAAGGUUUUCAGUAUCCAUUUCUUGCCUUCCUUGAAAAGGUUGAGACCAGCAAGGUGUUCCUUCGAGAUACUACCAUCAUCUCUCCUUACUCUAUUCUUCUGUUUGGUGGCUCCAUGGUUAUCCAACAUCAGACAGGACUGGUCAUUAUAGACGGCUGGUUAAAACUUACUGCCCCAGCACAGAUUGCUGUUCUUUUUAAGGAACUCCGCGUGACGCUCCAUGCUGUUCUAAAGGAACUUAUCAGCAAGCCAGAGAGGGCUACCUUUGUCAACAAUGAAGUGGUGAAAUCUAUUGUUCAUCUGUUGCUAGAGGAAGAUAAAGCUCAACAAUCUCUACAUUGAGGCUCUGGACGGGCAAUUUAGAGCUGGAAAAGUCAGCAUGCUUUUGCUGUUGCCGUAAUGUAAAAAAUCAGAGAAACAUUAUACUUAGGGAGGUCAUUCCGUUCCUGGCCAAGCAGAAAGAUGUAAACUUACCGAAACUUCUAAUCCAGCCGUUAGAGGAGUUCGGUGAUAUACACGGUGAACAAGUUCCUUGACAAGCUGGCUGGUUCUGCUGUAAACUAAAGAAAAGAGGUAUCGGAGAAAAAGGUGAUGGUAUUGGAAAUUCUGUUAUUUAAAUUGAUGUACGCAUUUCAUGGACGGAUAUAGAACUUCAACUGCUGUAGAAUCUCAAUGAAGAAAAGGCCUCUCACUAAACAUUUAAUUAUAAAAACAUUUGUUAUUAGAUAAAUUUGGAUCCAA